GAUAAAUACAAGGUCCUGGCCAGCAGGGAUCAGAGUCUGACAGCCUCACAGAGUGGAUAUAUCCUUAUCACAGCUGUGAACGUCUGUCCUUACUCCAGAGAUGGCACCAACCACCCUCAUCAUACUCCUUCUUGUCGCUUCCAUCUGCACUAUCCACCAAGUGACUUUCGCUCAUCAGACGGCAUCUGACUGCUGCCUGAGCACCAAGGACAAGACGAUUCCCUACAAAAAUGUGAAGUGCUAUAUCCAGCAGACUACGACACAGGGCUGCUAUAUCAAUGCCAUUGUAUUUCUCACUCAGAAGCACAAGCACCUGUGUGCCCCAACCAACUCACCAUGGGUAAAAGAGUUAAUGGCAAAACUAGACAAGAACAAGCCACACCUCAAGAAAUACUGUAGCCGCUAAAUACUCCUGACCAUGUUGGAGGUGCCGGAGGAUGAUGACGAAGAAGGCAUGAUCGAUAGAGUCCGGCCUUGCUGGUCUGUGCCCACUUCCUGCAAUGAUGUGAAUCCGCUGUUCUUCCAUUCUUUACUGCCUGUAGUCACCAGUUCACUAUAUUCUAUGCACUUUUACUUAUUCUUACAGUAUCUAUGGUACUGGAAGCUAAAUAAGAACUUUCCUAUAAACCUCAGUACAGUACUAAAUAGUAUGUCCUUCCAUAGCCUAGCUAUGUUUUUUCCUCCAUUUUAUAAAAUGACGACAUAGCAACUCUAAAUUACUGUAACGUGCUUUAUUUCCAUGUGAGUUUGCAAUAAUAGCAUUGGAUCUGUAAGCCAAACCUCUUGCUCAUUCGUGCUGUAGCUUUCAAGUACUAGGGUUGAACCACUUCUUCAGGAUUUGAAAGGGCCAAAUCAUCUUGUCAAAUGGUUAUAUAGACAGUGUCUUAAAGGGGUUGUCCACUUUCUGGUUAAUGUUGACCAAUGUGUUUGUUAGAUGAUUAUAUGGCACUUACUAAUAUAGCCUUUGUUUAAAUUCUGCACCAUUUUCUAUAUUUUAUCAGGUAUGCUCCCUCAUUCACAAAGUCUUUUGUUCUGUCCACACAGAGGUCCUGUCCAUAAGAUGGCCGCUGAUGGAGAGUCAUGUGACCAGGCAAAUCACUCCAUGUGAUGUUUCCUCUAUUCAAACACAUUGCACUAAACUCUCAACACUGCAAGUACAGAUGGCAGGUGCAGUGAAUUCCAAUGGAGAAGGCAUUGCAUAGAAGUGAUUUGCUUGGUCACAUGACCCUCCAUCAGCGGCCUUUUGAAGGACAGGGCCACUGUCUGGACAGCACAAAAGACUUUGUGAAAUAAGGAGUAUACCUGAUAAAAUAUAGAAAAUGGUCAAGACUUUCAACAAAGGAUAAAUUAGUAAGUGCCAUAUAAUCAUUCCACAAACACUUUGGUCAAAAGUAAGCAGAAAGUGACUAACCCCCUUUAAGGAUCUUAACAUGGCUUAACAAUGCUUCAUUUGACACUGCCAGACAUGAGGGGAGAUUUAUCAUGGGGGUUGGAAUUUUUGAAGUCAGAUUUUCUUGAGUGCAUUGCCAUAUUUUGCUCUAAUUUGUUUGAUACUGUAAAUUUGGUGCAUCGUUAAAGAAUUUGUCUACAGAUUAAACACAAUUUUUUUUUAUACCACCCCCCCUACUGCCGUAAGAUUAUGACUUUCUUCCUCUGAGAGCUCUGAGAGGUGUUGAUAACUCUGGUGGACACCCAAUUAACAUAGCCCACUUUCCGAGAGUGAUGCGAAAUUGCAAAAAGUCAAAAUUAAAGUAAAGUUAGACUUCUGGUGCAAAUGGAACAAUCAAUUCCCCAAGGGAGUUCUCUAAUGGAUAGAAUAACACAUUCAGGAUACAAUAUACUUAUAAUUGACUGAAAGGGGUUGUACAGGAUUAGAAACAUUAAACUAAAACAUUGCUAAAAAAAAACGGUGUCACACUUGUUCAUGGGUUGUGCAUGGCUUCGCAGCUCAGCCCCAUUCACUUCAGUGAGCUACAACCCUUUUAACUAAAUUUCACCUAAAAUCCACACAUAGUGCAGGCCACUGUAACAUCUCUUAGAAUGUAGUCUAUCCAUGCACUGUAGAGCGAUUAUGAAAUCUGUCUGUUCACUAGAGAGAGGGGGCAUCAUUGAGACUGAAGCUUAAAGGACGGUAACAUCACUGAAAAUGCAGCCUAUCCAGCCAACAGAGACCAGCUUUACAAUGAUUUAGAGAUUAGUGACAUCACUAGGAAUGCCACUUACCUACCGUAUUCACUAGAGAACAACAGUGACAUCACACAACCUCACUAAUGACUUGUUCACAUGUGUGACAGUCAUUUCCAUGUGAGCGUACCCUUAUACUGCAGACUGCAGUAUCCCUAGAGACUAGUGAUGUUUUCCCGAAAGACUCAGUUAAUUGAUUGGCUUCACUUUCCUGACUGUGGGAGGUAGAUACUUUUGGCUUGAUGAUUUAGGCUACAUUCAGUCCAUCUCCUGUAUUCGGCCAUUUUGAAAUACAGUACUAAGUCACUUUAAUUUUGUAAGUAAUAAAAAUGAAAAAAAAAAUUGAUAAUCAUUGACUAUCAACAGUGAAAAUUUAAUGAUUGUAAUGAUAUAUAUUCUUUAUUAAUAUAUUUUUAUAUAGGAAUUUAUGGUGUUUUCUUCAGAAUAAUGUUUCAUUAUCAUCUGGAUUACUUGGUAGUUUUGGUUUACAGAAGUGGUUUGGAAUGUACAGUAUCUCUGAGGCCUAAUUAAUUGUUCCAAAAGGAGACAAGCCAAGACCUUCUGGGCUUUCUAGUAGGGACUUUGCCUCAUUCCUCAAGGCCAGUAGGAUAAAUACCUUGUGCCACAUUCUUUCCAUUCCUCUUGUGCAACCAGCUCUCCCUGUGCAAAAACCCUUUAAUACAUUGGUAUUACUGUAGAUCAUCUUUCCUUUGCACAUAACUGGUGUCCUCUAGCUGGUUGGGUACAUACAUUUUCAGUCUGGCUUGUUUCUGAGGCAACUUUAAAAUUGACUUGAUAUAAUGACUCCCUCAGCUAUACAUAUUGUAGUCUUGACUAUUUCCCCCUUACUCAUGGUUGACAGCUACUUACCAUUCACAUUCCUCCCUUCUGAUAUACCAAAGCCAAUUCAACUCUUGUUUGAUGAUAUGCAGAAUAAUGCGAUUUGGGAAUAAAUUAUUAUUUUGUACUGUCUAGUUGCAUCUGAAUCUGAUUUGGGUCUACUAUUUGGGCUUGUCAGUGACCUGAUCCUAUGAUCUCUAUCUUUUCCUGUCUACUAUUUGAAACAUUGUUAUUUCCAACAGGUUGGGUCUUUCAAUCAACUUAGAUGAUGUUAGAGAUUUUGCCUGACUCUUGUUUUUUUAUUUUUUUGUAUGUACAGCAUGGUGGCCCUCUGGGAAAGACUGCUCUACCAUUGUAAUAGUACGAUCUGAACCUCUAUAACUUUGAAAUUGUAAAGUUUCAUUUAAAUUCUGCAUUUUUUUAACCAAGUUAUCCCCAAAUCGCUCUUAGUCAUAUCUGUUCUUGAGCGUUGUCUCCAACACAACAGCAGCCAUUGUUGGUUUAUUUCCAAUUCAGACCUGAUAAGACAUGAAGUUUCCAUGUAAUUACAAUUAUAACCUGGCACUUAUUAUUUUGUUCACUAGUAAAUGGAUUCUGAUUGGAUGGAAACCAACUCUUUUCUGUACAAUGGAUGGUGCAUAAAGGACAUAAAUGCAUUUUACUCUUACAAGCUUAAGGCAGCUCAGCCAAGUCUAUCCAGAUAGAGAGUGACAUAAUGUGUUUUUUUUAUAAUGAUGUUUUUAUGGUGUUGGGUCUUUUGUAUAUUAAAAGUGAUUUUAAGUAAAUAAAACU